UAUAUGGUCUCACAACUAGAGUCAUUUUCAAAACUAAUUUUCUUACACAAUUUUCAUCAAUGAAAACCACAAUGACAAGAAUAAGUCUAUUGUGGUUCAUACUUUUGAUGAUGAUAUUUUGUAUCUUUGUAACUCAUGCUUAUAAGGGUAAUUUACCCCUAAGGAAAGUUUAUGGUGCAUUGAAGGCCUUUUUCACCAAACAUGAUUCCAUUCCUUCACCAACUUAUUCCCUUUCACCUUCUCCUUCUCCUAUGCAACCACAGGAUACUAAAAAGAAACCACAUGUGUACCUUGUGACAUCUUAUGGUGCUGAUCCAACAGGAAAAUCAGAUAGUACUGAAGCUAUUCUUGCAGCCAUAGCAGAUGCUGCAAAAGGUCCAAGUAAAGGGUUCUUGAUGAAAGACAUUAUUAACCUUGGUGGUGCUGAGAUUAAUCUUCAAGGUGGAAACUACUUGAUUAGUAAACCUUUGCAUUUUCCAGUGGCUGGAGUUGGAAACAUCAUGAUACAUGGUGGAACUAUAAGAGCCACAAAGAAUUUUCCACAAAAUGGACAUUUAAUUGAUUUAUCAAACUAUGGUUCAACCUCACACUCCUACAAUUAUGAAUACAUAACUCUCAAGGAUCUGUUUCUAGACUCAAAUUUCAAAGGUGGAGGAAUUUCAAUAAAAAACUCACUAAGAAUCAACAUAAACAAUUGUUACAUAACACAUUUCAUCACAAGUGGAAUUUUAGUCCACAGUGGUCAUGAAACAUACAUAAGAAAUUGUUUCAUUGGACAACACAUUACUGCAGGAGGUAACAAAAAUGAAAGAAGGUUCUCAGGAACUGGAAUUAGCAUUCAAGGGAAUGAUAAUGCUAUCACUGAUGUUGUUAUUUUCUCUGCUGCUAUUGGAAUCAUGCUUUCUGGUCAAGCCAACACAAUUUCUGGUGUACAUUGUUAUAAUAAAGCUAGUGCAUUUGGAGGUACUGGAAUUUAUUUGAAAUUACCAGGUUUAACACAAACAAGGAUUGUAAAUUGUUACAUGGAUUACACAAAUAUUGUUGCUGAAGAUCCAGUUCAACUUCAUAUCUCAAGUAGUUUCUUCCUUGGUAAUGCAAACAUUGUUCUAAAAUCAAUCAAAGGUGUUGUAAAUGGUCUCAACAUUGUUGACAACAUGUUCAGUGGUUCAAAUCAUGGUGUUAAAAUUGUGAGGCUAGACCAAUCAAUUAGUCAUUUUAAUCAAAUUAAUCAAGUUUUUGUUGCUAGAAAUGUUGUUAAGGGUAUGAAUUUAAAGGCCACUUCAGCAAUGAUAUCUAUGCAUGGAAAUGGAACUUCAUGGAUUGUUGAUUUUAACAAAGUUUUGGUUUUUCCUAACCUUAUUAAAAAUGUUCAAUACUCUUUAAGUGCAAGUGGUAACAAAUUUCCUAAUCAUGUUCUUAGGAAUGUGUCUCACAAUAUUGUUGUGAUUGAAACCAAUGAGCCAGUUAAUGCAAAGGUUUUUGUAACAGUGGAUCAAGGUAAUUCAAAAUGAAUAUAUAUAUAUAUUUUUUUUUUAUGCUGGCAU